AUGCGCGGGCCGCACGCGGGAGCCACGCUCCUCGUAACGGUCUCGCGCUGCCCCUCCCCCACCGGAAGUGGGCGGCCUCGCGGCGGGAGGAGCCGCCGGCCGGAGCGUGGCGUCUGCGGGCCCGGGGCGCCGCGCUGCGAGGGGCUCGGCCCCGCCUCACCGCGCUAUGGCGACGUCGAAGGCUCGGUCCGCGGCGCGACUGCUCCUGGGCCGCCCUCUCCAGGGACCCUUCCAGCAUCACCUCCUGUCCGCUCCUCCGCUGCUUCUCUGAUCCUCUGCUUCUGGUUGACUUUGCAGCACUCUCUCGCGACCACUGUCCCCUCUGUGCGGAGCCUGGCAACUGUGGCUUGCCACGUUUUUGGAAAGCUCCGCUGCCCUGGCGUUAUUCCUGAAUUUCUGGCAGAAGAAAGUAAUGAGAAAUUUUGGCAGUUUUUGGAAACUGUACAAGAAUUAGCAAUUUAUAAGAAAACAGAAUCAGCUUACUCUUACUACAAUUUAAUCCUGAAGAAAGCUGGACAAUUCCUGGACAACUUGCACAUCAAUCUCUUAAAGUUUGCUUUGUCUAUAAGGGCAUACUCUCCCACGAUUCAGAUGUUUCAACAGAUUGCAGCUGAUGAGCCACCACCAGAUGGCUGUAAUGCAUUUGUGGUUAUCCAUCAGGAACACACCUGUAAAAUUAACAAUAUUAAAAAGCUUCUGAAGAAGGCUACUUCAAGGCCCAGACCUUAUCUGUUUAAAGGUGAUCAUAAAUUCCCAACAAACAAAGAGAACCUACCCGUGGUUAUUCUGUAUGCUGAACUGGGUAGCAAAGCCUUCAGUAAAUUUCACAAAGCAUUGUCUGAAAAAGCUCACCAGGGGGAAAUUCUGUAUGUUUUUCGACAUUAUAUUCAGAAACCAAGCUCACAGAAAAUGUACUUAUCUGGCUAUGGUGUGGAGCUCGCUAUUAAAAGUACAGAAUACAAAGCACUGGAUGAUACCCAAGUUAAAACUGCGAAUAAUACUGCUGUGGAAGACGAAACUGAAGCAGAUGACAUUCAAGGGUUUCUCUUUGGGAAGCUAAAAGAAAUACAUUCAGAUCUUAGAGAGAAUCUGACAGCAUUCCAAAAAUAUCUGAUUGAGAGUAACAAAGAAAUGAUGCCUUUGAAAGUCUGGGAGCUACAAGACCUUAGUUUUCAAGCAGCAUCUCAAAUAAUGUCCACUCCAGUUUAUGAUGCCAUCAAAUUAAUGAAAGACAUUUCACAGAACUACCCCAUAAAAGCAAGAUCACUGACCAGAAUUGCUGUCAAUCAACAAAUGAGGGAGGAAAUACAGGAAAAUCAAAAGGUUCUCCGAGAUAGAUAUGCUAUUCAAGCAGGUGAUACGACUCUCUAUAUAAAUGGACUUCGUAUUGAUAAGGAUACAAACGAUCCUUUUAGUAUUUUAGAUAUGCUGAAAUUAGAAGGAAAAAUGAUGAAUGGCCUUCAAAAUCUUGGGAUCAAUGCAGAAGAUAUAAGCAAAUUUUUAAAAUUAAACUCACAUACUUGGGAAUACAACUAUGCAUUGGAUAUUCGGCAUUCUUCUAUAAGGUGGAUUAAUGACUUAGAACAUGAUGAUUUGUAUGUCACUUGGCCUACAAGUUGCCAGGAACUUCUGAAGUCAGCAAUCCCUGGAAACAUACCUUUCAUAAGGCGUAAUUUUCAUAACUUGGUUCUAUUUAUUGAUCCUGCUCAAGAAUAUACCUUGGAUUUUAUAAGAAUUGCUGAACUAUUCUAUUAUCAUAAAAUUCCUCUUAGAAUUGGUUUUGUGUUUAUUCUUAAUACAGAUGAGGAAGUUGAUGGAAAGAAUGAUGUUGGAGUUGCUCUUUGGAGAGCUUUCAACUAUUUUACCAAAGAACAUGGUGUAUCUCAAGCAUUUAUUUACAUUGUACAGAUGUACCAAAAAGUGAAUAAUCAAAAUAUACUCACUGUGGAUAUUGUGAAGAGUGUUCUUCAGGAUAAAUUUCCUCAUGCUGAUGUUCAAGAUAUUUUGGGAAUCCACUCAAAAUAUGAUGGAGACAGACAGGUAGGAGCAAGCUUUUAUAAGAUGACUGGUCUGGGUCCUUUGCCUCAAGUUCUUUAUAAUGGUCUGCCCUUCAAACAUGAUGAAAUGGAUUUUAAGAAUCUAGAAAUGGCAGUUUUUCACAGAAUGAUGGAUACAUGUAUAUAUUUACAAAGAGAAGUUUUUACGGGUGCGUUAAAUGAUCGAACUAAUGUAAUUAAUUUCCUAAUGGAUAAAAAUACUGUUGUACCCCGUAUAAAUUCUCGGAUUUUACACAUGAAACCAAAGUACCUUAAUUUAAUACCUACAUCAGUAACUGCUGAUGUUGAAGAUUCUGCUACUUUCUUUUUCUUGGAUUCCCAAGAUAAGAGUGCUGUAAUUGCUGAGAACAUGUAUUACUUAACUCAAGAAGAUGAAAACGUAAUUUCUACAGUGACUUUCUGGAUUAUUGCUGAUUUUGAUAAGCCAUCUGGGAGAAAACUGCUUUCUAAUGCAUUAAGGCACAUGAAAACAAGUGUUCAUAGUCGGCUGGGAGUUAUUUAUAAUCCUUCAUCAAAAGUAACUGAAGAAAAUACAGUUAUUUCUCGGGGAAUUUUGACAGCUUUUCUUACACAGCAAAGCAAGGAUUUGAGAAACUUUCUCGGGAUGCUGGCAAAGGAAGAAAUUGCUACAGCUAUUUACUCUGGUGAUAAAAUUAAAACAUUCCUUACUGAGGGAAUGGAUAAGAAUGCUUUUGAAAAAAAAUAUAAUACCGUUGGAAUGAAUAUAUUCCGAACUCACCAGUUGUUCUGUCAAGAUGUACUGAAAUUGAGUCCUGGUGAAAUUGGUAUUGUCAGCAAUGGAAAAUUCCUAGGACCUUUAGAUGAAAUUCUCUAUGCAGAAGAUUUUUACUUACUGGAGAAGAUAACGUUUAGUAGUUUUGUAGAGCAGAUUAAAGGCAUCGUUAAAAAUAUGGAAACCAGGUCAACAAAGAGUGACCUUGUUAUGAAAAUUGAUGCUCUUAUUUCUUCUUUGCCUAAACCUUCAUCUCGGUAUGAUAUCACAUUUCUUAAAGAGAAUCACAGCAUUAUAAAGAUAAACCCUCAAGAAAAUAAUAUGUUCUUUGAUGUCAUUGCUAUUGUUGAUCCAUUGACAAGAGAAACACAGAAGAUGGCACAGUUAUUGAUUGUACUUAACAAAAUGAUCAACAUGAAGCUAAAGUUGUUCAUGAAUUGUAGGGGUAAACUUUCAGAAGCCCCUUUACAGAGCUUCUACCGCUUUGUUUUGGAACCAGAAGUGAUGUUAGGGGCCAAUGACAUUAAUUCUCUUGGACCAGUGGCAAAAUUCCUGGAUAUCCCUGAAUCACCCCUUCUAACCCUAAACAUGAUUACUCCAGAAGGCUGGUUGGUUGAAACAGUACACAGCAACUGUGACCUGGAUAAUAUUCAUCUAGAGGAUAUGGAGAGAGCUGUGACCGCAGAAUAUGAACUAGAGUAUCUGCUACUUGAGGGACAUUGUUUUGAUGAACUCACAGAACAACCUCCGAGAGGUCUACAGUUUACACUAGGGACAAAAAGUAAACCUGUUAUGGUUGACACGAUAGUGAUGGCCAAUCUUGGCUAUUUCCAAUUAAAAGCAAACCCAGGUGCUUGGAAACUGAAAUUACGGCAAGGAAAAUCUGAAGAUAUUUAUCAAAUUGUUGGGCAUGAAGGAACUGACUCUCAAAGAGACCAAGAAAAUGUCAUUGUUGUACUAAACAGCUUCAAAAGCAAGAUCCUGGAAGUGCAGGUGCAGAAAAAGCCAGGCAAAAGCAAGGAAGAUAUCCUUACUGAUAAAGAUGAAAAAACCAAAGGAAUGUGGAACUCCAUUAAAAGUUUCACAAUAAGGUUGCAUAAAGAAGAAAAGAAAAAGGAGGAAGAUGUUCUAAACGUUUUUUCAGUUGCUUCCGGCCAUUUAUAUGAACGCUUUUUAAGAAUUAUGAUGCUUUCUGUUUUACGAAACACCAAAACACCAGUGAAAUUCUGGUUUCUAAAAAAUUAUCUCUCACCAACAUUUAAAGAAGUCAUCCCGCACAUGGCUGAGGAAUAUGGGUUCCAGUAUGAACUCGUUCAGUAUAGGUGGCCCCGUUGGUUACAUCGACAGACUGAAAAACAAAGGAUUAUUUGGGGUUACAAAAUUCUUUUCCUCGAUGUCCUUUUUCCUCUAGCUGUGAACAAAAUAAUUUUUGUUGAUGCUGACCAGAUUGUGAGACAUGACUUAAAAGAGCUUCGAGAUUUAGAUCUGGGUGGAGCUCCUUAUGGAUAUACUCCAUUCUGUGAUAGCCGCACUGAAAUGGAUGGAUAUCGUUUUUGGAAAACAGGAUACUGGGCAUCACAUCUUUUAAGAAGGAAAUAUCACAUCAGUGCCUUAUAUGUAGUGGACCUCCAGAAGUUCAGGAAAAUUGCUGCAGGUGACAGGCUCAGGGGUCAAUACCAAGCUCUCAGUCAAGAUCCAAACAGUCUCUCAAACCUCGAUCAGGAUCUUCCCAAUAACAUGAUUUACCAAGUUGCCAUUAAAUCUCUUCCUCAAGAUUGGCUGUGGUGUGAAACCUGGUGUGAUGAUGAGUCUAAGCAGAGAGCCAAGACGAUUGAUCUGUGCAAUAACCCCAAAACAAAGGAGCCUAAACUGAAAGCUGCGGCCAGAAUUAUCCCAGAGUGGGCGGAGUAUGACACCGAGAUCCGGCAGCUCUUAGAGCUUAUUGAACACAAGAAGAAAGCAAUUUUGACACAUGAUGAACUCUAGCACCGGUAUGCAGGAGAUGAGAAUCUGUGAGAAGUCUGCCACCUGCUGGGAACGUGAGGAACUACUGCCAAGACUACUGGGGAAUGCCCUGGAGAUCCGUAAUAGAUUCAUUGUUAAAAAAAAACUGUUUUUUAAAACAAAUGUACUUAAUGUGUUGAGUAAGUUUUCGCUACAUUCAAAUAUGUUCAAUUGAUUAUUUAAAAGUAAGCUGUUCAUUUUUCCUGAUAUCUGAAAGCAUGGGGCUUCUUUCUGCCAGUUACACUUUUGACAUUGGGUUAGAUAGGCAGUAGAAAUUAGAUCUGCCUGACUGGGUCUCAUGUAAGUGUAGCAAACCAUCGGCAUCUUUGUGUGCUCCAGUUCUAUGUGCAUCUGUAUCUCUGUUUUUUAAAAAUGCAUUUAAAAUGCGAGAAGCCUAUUUUCUGUUUUCCUUCUGGGAUAAAAACGGAUUCAUGUUUAUCUAUGUUUAAUACAAAAACAAAAAAAUUAAACCUAUUUGUACGAUAACGAUUGCCUUAAAUUAGAA